CCUACACCUUGCUCUCUCCUUGCAUGCAAAUAUCUGCCUCUCUCCUCCUCUCCUCCUCUCCCUCCACUCGCCAUCCGCCAUUCAUUCAUCCUUCCUCUCUCCCGAACCAGUCCUUCCAAACCGCCAUCUCCCUUUCUUGACAACGUUCAGAAACGGAGGGAAGGAGAAUACUACCCACUGGGCUGCAUCGACAUCCGCACCCAGCUACCGCUCUUAGCUCCCAGCCCCGAGUUCCACCAGAGGACCGGACCAGCUAGGACAGGCCCAACCACAGAGACAGAGAGUCGGUGACAGCCUUGCAGAACACAAGUCGAGAUAUAUAUCUUGGGUUCCAGGAGCACGAGAGAGGAAUUAAUACCCCCCUCUUGUCAUACCGCCACCCCAAGUGUUAUCAUCUAGACUCAAUUGCCCCCCAUUCUGCAUUGUACUCGACCCGACUGGAAUUCUUCGGCUCGACUUCGAGGGAAUCUCAAUCUCCCCCGCCCCCGAUCCCUUCGUCCAACCAUUCCGCCCGACUCCCUACCAACCGAUCGACCCCUCAGGAUCCUCGAGAGGUCAACGGUCAACGGAAUCAACUUGUUCACCGACCUGGUAGCAGACCACCCCGCCGUCCUACCAGCAGAGCACCGGACCCGAGCAAGUCGACGCAGCUUACUCGGUCGUCAAAAGAAAAGAGAAGGAUAAGCAACGUCACCUGGGGAUCCGGAUCACUGUUGCACUACAUGAUCCUGCUCACGGUGAAGCUUUCAUAAGCUUUUUCAGGGUGUUGAGAGAGAGAGGUACAUGCCUACAGGCCAACCCAUCACAGCCAACCUUGACAAGCUUUCUAUCCUCAACUGAGGUAAUCGCGUCUUGUGGGAAACGUUAAUUCGUCGCUCCUACCCGACCUCAGGAAUUGUGUCAUUUUGUCUGUCUUGCCAGACAAUCGACCGUUAGUGAGCCGUGCAUUGCAUUUGCAGCACAGUCGCCAAACUCCACUUUUAAAACCGGCCUGUGCUCCCGGCCACUCUUCCAUCCCAUCUCCAUUUCAACCACUGUCCACCGUGGCUCUCGACUCUUCCACUUCCUCCUUUUCGGCACCAGCCAUUGUCACUCAUUAUCCAACCAAGCUGCCACACAUUCUUUACAAUCAACAACACCACACUCAUUAAUAAUACUAAUAAUAGUCGACUCGACUAGACCAUUUAAUAGUCUCUUCUAUCACCGCAUUUCAUUCCUUCGCGUCUCGACAGCCGCCGACAACCGAUUUGUUUCUUAGUGCGAAUCUUGAACGGCCCCGUCGACAACGCCAACCAAAACAAGCUUCCUGGGGAAACUUGUGUGUGUACAUUUUCGAACUGCCGAUCCCGCCAUCGACCGUUGUCCAUUCCGGGUCACUUUCACAAACAGUCCAGCAAGAUGGCUCCCCAUUCUCAACCAGUCGAGGAGGUCUUCGAGCCCGAGUACCAGAGGGUGCACCAGUUCUCUGCCGAGCGAGCUGCAAGCCUGGUCCACGCCAGGAGGUGGGACGCCAAGGUCGACAGGCAGAUCACAAUCGCCCACGAGCUCUCAAGGCUGGCCAGCGAUGAAUACCUCGAGGACAUCAUGCAACACGCAAGGCACAUGGAGGACGAGACACUACCCGAUGCCAACCUCAUCGACAUGCAGCGUGAGAUCCAGUGGUUCAUGCGGCCCUACCUGAUCGACUUCCUGAUCGAGGCACAUGCCGCUUUCUCGCUGCUUCGGGAAACCCUCUUCCUGACCAUCAACCUGCUUGAUAGGUACUGCUCUAAGCGGGUGGUAUACAAGCAGCACUACCAGCUUGUUGGCUGCGCCGCCCUCUUGAUCGCGGCCAAGUACGGUGACAAGAAGGACCGUGUCCCCCAGAUCAACGAGCUCAACAACAUGUGCUGUGGUCUGUACGACGCUGGCAUGUUCACCCAGAUGGAGAUGCACGUCCUCAACACACUGGAGUGGAACAUCGGCCACCCCACCGUCGACUUCUUCCAGUCCAUCAUCUGGGCCGACGAGCAGGACGACCGUGAGGUCAGGGACAUGACCGCCUACCUCUGCGAGAUUGCCCUCUACCACCGCGACUUCGUCUCCACGAAGCCAUCGAUCAUGGCACGUGCCUCUCACGCCCUGGCACGGGCGAUCCUCAACCGCCCCGAGGUCAACGACGGCGAGUGGGACCGUGACUGCCGCGACACGCUGCUGACCCUGUCUCAACACCUGCACCAGCCCUCCGUCACGCUCUCACGCAAGUACUCGUCCAACCACUUCUCUCGUGUCUCGACGAAGCUCGCCGACUUCCUGGCGCAACAGGCUGCCAUCCAACGACCACAGGUCAACGGACCCGCAACUCCCCCGGCCGAGUGCGGCAGCUCUCCCCAGAGUGCCGACAUUUACAGCACCCCCCUCAAGGGCCACGGUUCAGCUCCUGGUGUUGCCGAUGGCUACAUGACGCCACCCAUCACCCCCGACGGUGCCUCGUUCGGUGUCAACGGCCAGGUUGAGGGCUACAACCAGCUCCCACCACGGUGUCCAGUUACUCCCACCCCGCCAAGCAGCCAGGUGAACGGGUUCCCACGACCUCCACAAGCAGCAUCACAAUACAACGUGACAUACUUCGAUGGACAGCCAAAUGCCGUGGCUCACUAGAAGACGAGCCGCGAUGCGGCCCUCGCGGGCUUGCGAAACUCUUUCCAUCGUAUCUUGUCCUUGUUCACCUCUACUCUACCCGAGGACAAGGGUAAUUCAUAUCUUCGUCAUUGGGCAUACAAAGUGUAUUGAUUAUUCAUGGAGACGGACCUAAAAUAAGACUGCAUCUGGAUUUGGAUACCAGCGUCAUGGCAUUUAGCGAGUUUGAUAUUCACACGCACAUGUUUGCUUCUCGUCUCAAAAGACUUUUCACUUCGAUUCGGCAUGUCCGCACACUUUUCUUCUCAUUACUCCCAGUCCACCUCACAUUGGGGUUCUUGUCAGGAGGGCUGUUAUACCCCAAAAUCCCCCAAAUCGUUUUGAAAAAAGAUCAAGUGCCUCCCCCCCCCCCUGGGACUUGCACCCAGGCACCACUCGAGAAGGCGUGCACCUAAUACUACCGACCUACCGGGGGCAGACCAAAUUGGCUCUGCUGAAUACGAGCGCGAAGACGAGGCCGAAGAUGGGUUUGGAGAUGUUCCCUGAAGAAAAGGGCAGCAACCGUCUCACUUCGAGGCUGGGGAAAGCUCCAGUUACCGACACAACUGUUUUGGAAAGCAUCGAUUGGCACUUAGUGGAAACACCAAGGAAGUCGGCCAGCAAGCGAAGCCUGGAACAGUGGGACGACCAAGUGUACCUGGUCGGGUCGGCAGCCUCGGUUUCAGCCUAGCCUCGGGAGGAUUGUGUUGAAGUGGGUGCUCAGCCCGUGGUGAGCACCUCGGGUUGCCUGGGGAACAGGCAUGGGAUGAACUGGCAGGGACAGAAUGCUACGGCUGCUCCUUGGUCGAGGAAAAAACAAAAAAAGAGGGUUUCAUUUAUUUUCUUGUGUACAAACGGCGUGGAGAGGGUUCGUGGAAAGGUAGGAACACGGGCGGCCACAGAGCCCCCCCGAAUGGAGGGAAGGAUUAUGGACUACUUCGGCGCUCAUUCGACGACGCACCACAACCAGCACCGGUACGAAAAGACGGAUACAAGUCAUCGUCCAGCAUCCAUCAUACCCGCAUUGGCCUCGUGUGCUACAGCGGUAAUCUUUAUUGGGGAGCAGCGAGGGAAGGCUGCUAUAGCUUAGCUGUAUUCUAUUCUAUUCAUCAGAUGAACAGAAUCGGAAAAGAAAAAAAGACUUAUUGUCUCUG